AUGUUGAAAUUUUCAACAUGCGAAAAUUUCCAAUAUGAAAAAAAUUUCAAAGGUAAUUACGAGUACGGUUUGAGCGAGUCGCGAAUUCUGAGUUCAUUGUAUCCGAUACCGGGUGUGAAUGAAUGGGCACUGAGACUGGUGGCCGUGUACAAUAUCGCAAAAGGGAAAUUUGCACCGCUGAUACAAUCGAAAGUAUUUGCCGUUAGUGAACAGAUUGCUGGACAAAUCGCGUAUACACUCGUGCCGUUCACGGAUUCGUUGAUAAAUAACGAUAUGCGCGAAAUUUGUGUUCGAAUUCGUGUUAGUGCGGAUGAUGCAGGUUAUUCGGCUGCGAAAUGGGAGAGUUUGGAGCAGGAAUAUGCGAUGUGGAAGGAUUUGCUGGAUAAUCAGGUAGAGUGCAAGCACGUUUUGUUGUUAUUAUCUGUUGUUUUUGAAGUUCUCAUUGAUGCGAUAUUCAAGAAAAUUAACGUUUCGUGA